CAGGAAGUGACGUUCGGGUCAGCUGGAUUUGAACGGAGUGGAAGGGGAGGAGAGCUUCGAGACGAAUAUUGACAGUAGCGAAGAGAAUCGCAACAGUUUCACAGAGGACGUGCUUUGCGCGACCGUACGGGAUCCUCAUUUAUCUGUACUGGGUUUGUGGAGCUCCUCCCAUCUUUUCCUUUCUGCAUUCACUUGACCGCAGGUCAGCGGAGGAGCCGGAAGCGGCGAACGCAGCGCGAGCCGGAGAAGAUGGCGGCGCCGUCGGGCGGAGAAGUGGAUGCGGCGAACGGCAAUGACCAGAUACUGGCCGUUGGAACUGCCCUGCUGAAGGACUUUAUCUACGAGCGCGUGCGUCGCCACAGCGAUGGAAAUACCGCCACGGUGACCCGCGGCCAGCUGGGCGGGCAUGAGCUCUGCGACCCCAACCACAAGCAGCUGGCGCAGUGUCUGCAGCAGAUUGGAGAUGAACUAGACAGCAAUGUGCAGCUCCAGAGCAUGAUCGAGGAGGUCGCGCUGCAGCCCAGCAAAGAGGUGUUCUGCAAGGUGGCCAAUGAGAUCUUCUCCGAUGGCAAGUUCAACUGGGGCAGAGUGGUGGCACUCUUUUACUUCGCGUGUCGCCUCGUCAUCAAAGCUCUGGUGACCCGCCUCCCAGACAUCAUCCGCACCAUCAUCAGCUGGACGGUGGACUACCUGCGGGACCACGUGAUCGCUUGGAUCAGGGAGCAGGGCGGAUGGGUAAGUGCUGUGGCGGUUCCGGGAGCUCGGCUGCAGUCCAGUGUCCAAACCUCCCCUCUCUCUUUCUCCAUUUCUGUCUGGUGCAGGAUGGCAUCCGCGCGCACUUCAGCACGCCCACUUGGCAGACGGUGGGCGUGUUCCUGGCUGGCGUGCUCACCACGGUUCUGGUCAUGCGGAAGAUGUGAGAAGCAGGAUUGCGGGCGGGCGAGCAAGAGGGAAGGGGCGAGAGUCGAGCGCUGCGGUCGGAGGGAAUCCAAGUGGCCCUUGGCUGGAAGAGACCUUUGGCUUGCACUCUCCGCUGGGGGAAGCUGGGAUGCAGCGUUGCACGAACCGCAUGGCCCAGGCAGACGACGUGUGGUAAAGGGCAGAGGGACGACUCCUGAGACAGCUCAGCUUACAGGAGGGUCUUCCUGGCCCUCCAGCAGCAGUUAGGUUUACACUCGUCCCAUGUCUUCCUCGCCCUGCCUCUGCACGCUGUGGGAUGAGCGAGUGGCGUGUGCAACUGGCCCAGGAGUGUAAAAAGUUUACCCCUGCCAUCCUAGUGUUCUUGUACCGUACUCUCCAGAGCAGGUUGCCAUUGAACCCUUUUUUUUUCCCCUUCAUGUCUCCUUCUCCAAGCGUGACACACACAGUUCUCUACGUGUAUGGUAUACGUUUGCAGUGCCUUCAGCCCUUUUUUUUACUGCGACCUGUUUGAUAUGGUUUUCUACCUUUAUACUGUUUUCUGAUGUCCGGUUCUGUUUUGGAGUGCUGGCUCUGUUUUCA